UCGCCAGGCACCCGGAGCUCCGCGGGGUUGGGGUUGACCCGGAAGUGAAAGACGUCGCAAGGGUCACCGGGAUCCAACAUGGCGUGGAGGAGCUGCUCCGUCCUGCUCCGACUGACCGGAGAAGCCGUCUCACGGAGUUCCGCGAGGGGCGGCAGCAGGUGUCCUCACAGCUUCCAGCAGAAGCGUGGCUUCAGAAAAGCUGCCAAGAAACCAGAGUUCAAGAUUGUGGAGGAGGAGCCGGGCCCACCCCGCACAGAACCCCCCGCGGCCCCCGUCCAACGCCGGACCACGACCCCACACUGGGAACAGCAGGCUCCGCCCCCCCGCACCCUCGGCCGGUUAAUCAGGCCACUGGUCUUCACAGUGGGGUUCACAGGCUGCUCCUUCGGCUCGGCGGCGAUCUGGCAGUACGAGUCCGUCAAGUUCCGGGUCCAGAGCUUCUUCGACGAUAUCCGAGCCGAUUGGCUGCAGAAGGUGAAACCUCCGAAACGAGGAGACGUCCGCAAAGUGAUCAACCAAUGGUGGAACAGCUUGAGCGAGGGUCAGAAGACGGUGACAGGGAUCAUUGCUGCGAACGCCAUGGUGUUCUGCUGCUGGAGAGUUCCAUCCCUGCAGCGCUCCAUGAUCAAAUACUUUACCGCGAACCCCGCCUCCAAGACCCUCUGUGCUCCGAUGCUUCUCUCCACGUUCAGCCACUUCUCGUUCUUCCACAUGGCGGCCAACAUGUACGUCCUCUGGAGCUUCUCCUCCAGCGCCGUCUCCAUGUUGGGCCGCGAGCAGUUCCUCGCCGUCUACUUGUCAGCAGGUGUCGUCUCCUCGUUCGUCAGCUACGUGAGUAAGAUGGUGUCGGGGAGGUUCCGCCCGUCUCUGGGAGCGCACAUCUCCUUUCCUCAGCAUGUCACCUUUCCUCUCCAAGUCUCCUUUCCUCAGCAUGUCACCUUUCCUCUCCAAGUCUCCUUUCCUCAGCAUGUCACCUUUCCUCUCCACGUCUUCUCGACCCCGUUGUCUGGAGCCAUCAUGACCGUCUUGGCUGUUGUUUGCACCAAAAUGCCCGAAGCCAAACUGGCCAUCAUCUUCCUCCCCAUGUUUACCUUCAGCGCCGCCAACGCGCUGAAGGCCAUCGUUGCCAUGGAUACAGCAGGUCUGGUGCUGGGCUGGAAGGUAUUCGACCACGCCGCCCAUUUAGGAGGAGCGCUGUUCGGAAUCUGGUACGUCAUGUUCGGUCACGACUUGAUCUGGAAGAACCGAGAACCUUUUGUCAAACUGUGGCACGACCUGAGAACUCGAGGAGGAGGAGGGGGCGGAGCCGGGGGCGGAGCCAUGUGAGACGCUGAGGCAUAGUCAUGUGAAGAUGUAUAAAAUGUAAAGACGAGCAGACAAGAACCAGGGAGCAGCUUCUGGUGUCACACCAACACAAGUAACGACUCUCGAACCAUAUUCAUACAAAACGUGACGGAUUCAGACGUUUGUCUCCUUGUUUCCUCGUUCAGUCACAGGUCUGAAGAUUAUCUGAUAAUCCAUCAGAGUGAAAGACUUUGGUCUGAACACUGGAUCAAUGAAGCAGAAACUGAUCGACUGAUGUCGAUCCAUCAGCGACUCUGAUGUUGAUUCUGUAUUCCAAGGUUUAGAUAUGUACAAAUAAAAGAACCAAAACGAA